AAAAAAGAAGAGAGAAUUGAAGACGGGAGAAGGGACGAGUGUAGGCAGAAAGACUGACCCUGAGACCUCUGGAAAUAUUGAGGUGCCAUUGCAAAGGUGGGGAGGGGAGUGAGAGAGCGAGAGAGCCAAGCUACUCUCCGCAGCGGCUGAUUGGAACUGGAUAUAUCUAAAUACAUAUACAUACACACAUAUAAAUAUAGACUUCGAGCUGAAGCUGAUGGCAGGAAGAAAAGGUUUUGCUGUGCAUUUCUGGGAUAAGGAAUGAAAGAAGCGGCUGCGCUCCUGGGAAUGUGUCAUCUUGGAGGGGAGGGAGGAAGGGGGAAGGUAACUGGAAUGUGGAAGAAGAUGGGAGCUUAAGUCGCUGCUGUGCAGAGGGGGAUACCAACUUGUAGAUCUGAAAUAUACCAGGCUGAUCUUGGCAAUGAGAUCAGAGCUGCAAUUGCAAUAGAUAGGAGGAGGAAAAGGGAGGCAGAGAUUGGAGGGCUGUCUCUGUGUGUUUCUCUUGCUCUCUCUCGCCCAAGAAGAAAUAGAAGAAGUUUAUCCGUCUCGAUACUGCUGGAUCUCUAUUGCUGCUGGACAAAAGAUGGAGAGGAAGCCGAAAUGAAGAGGAAGGGGAGCCCCGUGCUUAUGAAAUUCAGAGUUAGGGAGGACAAAUCACGCCUCCCCAGGGAGCUUUUGUGCCCCAUCGGGGGAGUUUUAACGUCAGGAAGAUUUUGAGAAGUGGGGGCAAAGAGAAGAGGGAGUGUCAAAAACACCCACCCCACGUGUGUAAAAAAAACAACGAAAUAAGGGAUGAAUUUAUUCUUGACAGCUGGUGGGAACCUUGACUUUUCCUCCACUCUCCCUCACCCCAUUUCCGUUUAAUGUGAGAUUAUGAAAAUGCAGAGGAGUUGGAGGGAAGGCAAAAGGAUAUAACGUGGAGUUUGAAGAGAGGAGAAUGGUGAUGAUGCUGUGGAUGACUGGCUUCUUGCUGAAAUCAAAAAUCCAGUUGCGCACUGGGUUGUGAUUGGAAAUCUAAUCAGAUCUUUGGAGGGGGGGGAGAGAGACCAAAAGUUUAUUGUUUUAACAUUCUAAAUGUAAGAGGAGACGCUGGUGAAGGUGUGUGUGGAGGAAAAUAGGGAAAACAGAAGAAUGGGAACCCCCGACCUAACGUGGAAACACAUGGAUUGGAUAAUUGAUAGUGCAGCAAAGAAGGGGGGAAAAGAAAAUUGCCUGGCCAGACCUGGAUCUUAACAGUCACAACAAAAAAUGCAUUAAAAGAAAACGGCCUCACUUCAGAUAUAGGGUUGUUUAAAAUAAAGAAACUCCUCUCUUCCCUCCAAAGAAAAAAAAAUAGUUGGCAAUGGAGAACAUAGGAGCCAGAAAGGAAAAACCCUCAACGAAAGGAAACUAGGAAAAGGAUCCACACUGGAAUGAAAAGUUUCAGAAAGGAGAAGGACCGUUCUUGUUCUGAUGGAUUUUUUAAAAUGUUUAGCUUUUUAAAAAAAACUCCCCCAGGAAGACAGGAUUUUAAUAAUACAACUACGACCAUUUCCAGCAGAAAAGUUAAGAGCGACGGGGAAAAAAAGGGGGUGGGAGUGGAAAAGAAGAAUCUGGUGAGGGAGAAAAAAAAUCAGCAGGUUGGGUUGGAUUGGAGCCUAUGUGGACUGGAAUUGAUGGAAAAUUGAAGUUGGAGAUUUUAUUUUUAAUUUAAUUCCUCCUUUUUAAUUUUGGCUUCGCCGCUGCAAUGAAAUAGUUUGCCACCCCCUGCCUUUUUCCCCUCCCGCCCUUAAACACUCGGAUUUCCAUCUGGAUAGUCUUCUGUGCAAUCUGAAAUACAAGCCCUGUUGGAACUAGCAAGAAUCCCUGCUUCCUAGUGAGACAUACAACACUUGUUUGUAUCCCUUGAUGGUUCUAUUGCAUCAGACUUCAAGUUUGUGACACAUUGAGACAAUUCAAAUUCCAGAAGGACCAACACCAAAUAAAUUAUGAAUGUUGAACAAGAUGACCUUACAUCCACAGCAGAUAAUGAUAGGUCCUAGGUUUAACAGGGCCCUAUUUGACCCCCUGCUUGUGGUGCUACUGGCUCUUCAACUUCUUGUGGUGGCUGGUCUAGUCAGGGCUCAAACUUGCCCUUCUGUCUGCUCCUGCAGCAACCAGUUCAGCAAAGUGAUCUGUGUGCGGAAGAAUCUGAGAGAGGUUCCAGACGGCAUCUCCACCAACACACGGUUAUUGAAUCUCCAUGAGAACCAGAUCCAAAUAAUUAAAGUGAAUAGCUUCAAACAUUUGAGACACCUGGAAAUCUUGCAGCUGAGUAGAAAUCACAUUAGAACCAUUGAAAUAGGGGCCUUCAAUGGUCUGGCCAAUCUCAACACUCUGGAACUUUUUGACAAUCGUCUUACCACCAUCCCUAAUGGGGCUUUUGUAUACCUGUCAAAACUGAAGGAGCUUUGGUUGAGAAACAAUCCUAUUGAGAGCAUCCCUUCUUAUGCUUUUAACAGAAUCCCUUCCUUACGUAGGUUGGAUUUGGGGGAACUAAAAAGGCUUUCAUACAUCUCAGAAGGUGCCUUUGAAGGUCUAUCCAAUUUGAGGUAUUUGAACCUUGCCAUGUGCAACCUUCGAGAGAUCCCUAACCUCACACCACUCAUAAAACUGGAUGAGUUAGAUCUUUCUGGGAACCAUCUGACAGCCAUCAGGCCGGGGUCCUUCCAAGGAUUAAUGCAUCUUCAAAAAUUGUGGAUGAUACAGUCCCAGAUUCAAGUGAUUGAAAGGAAUGCCUUUGAUAACCUUCAAUCACUGGUGGAAAUCAACCUGGCACACAACAACCUAACACUACUGCCUCACGAUCUCUUCACACCACUCCGCCUAGAACGGAUCCAUCUGCACCACAAUCCUUGGAACUGUAACUGUGACAUUCUUUGGCUCAGCUGGUGGAUUAAAGACAAAGCGCCCUCCAACACUGCAUGCUGUGCUCGCUGCAACACACCUCCCAGUUUGAAAGGAAGGUACAUCGGUGAGCUGGACCUGAAUUAUUUCACGUGUUAUGCUCCGGUGAUAGUGGAGCCACCAGCAGACCUCAACGUCACAGAAGGCAUGGCUGCAGAACUGAAAUGCCGAGCAUCGACCUCCCUGACCUCUGUAUCUUGGAUUACUCCAAAUGGAUCGGUUAUGACACAUGGGGCAUACAGAGUUCGGAUUGCUGUGCUCAGUGAUGGCACAUUAAAUUUUACAAAGGUGACCAUGCAAGACACGGGCUUGUAUACCUGCAUGGUGAGUAACUCUGUUGGGAAUACUACAGCUUCUGCCACACUGAACGUCACUGCACUGGACAAUGGUUACACAUACUUUUCAACUGUCACAGUAGAGACUAUGGAACCUUCUCAGGAUGAGGCACGGACCACAGAGCAGAUUGGGCCCACACCAGUUAUUGACUGGGAGACCACCAAUGUGACAACUUCUCUUACUCUACAGAGCACAAGGUCGACAGAGAAAACGUUUACCAUCCCAGUGACAGAUGCAAGCAAUGGGAUCCCAGGAAUAGAUGAGGUUAUGAAGACUACCAAAAUCAUAAUUGGUUGUUUUGUGGCUAUCACUCUCAUGGCCGCUGUGAUGCUGGUAAUUUUCUACAAAAUGAGGAAACAGCAUCACCGGCAGAACCACCAUGCUCCAACACGGACUGUAGAGAUCAUUAACGUGGAUGAUGAGCUUACAGGUGAUACACCCAUAGAGAGUCACUUGCCCAUGCCAGCGAUAGAGCAUGAGCACCUAAAUCAUUACAACUCUUAUAAGUCUCCUUUCAACCACACAACAACAGUUAACACAAUAAAUUCAAUACACAGUUCAGUGCAUGAACCGUUAUUGAUCCGAAUGAACUCAAAAGACAAUGUACAAGAGACUCAGAUCUAAAAUAUUUACAAAAUUGGGGGGAGGGGAAAUACAAAAAAAACAGUUUAUAAAACAAAUGACACAAAUGACUGGGCUAAAUCUACUGUUUCAAAAAAAGUGUCUUUACAAAAAAAAAGAAAUUUAUUUAUUAAAAAUUCUAUUGUGAUCUAAAGCAGACAAAAUUAUGUGUAUUCCUCAAAACCUCUUUUUGCUGCACUUAUUUACCCCUCUUCCUCCUUUCUCCCUCCCCUACCUGCCCCAACCCCAUUUGCCAUAUUUUUCAUAGGAGAUCUUGAUUCCCUAAAAGAACUGGUCUAGGAAAUUUUGUAAGAAUUCUGUCAUACUUUGGGAAUUUUUAUGGUGAACUCUAGUGGUGAGAUUCAGUCGAUUUUGUCUCUUAUUUCUGUUUUAUUUUUUCUUUUCUCAUACCCUUCUUGAAAUGGUUCUACAGGGAAUGGAGCAUUAGUAGUAGAUUUGUAAGUGAGAAACAAGGAACAAGCAACAAUAACAACAAAAAAGCAAAGUCUUUUAUUUUUUAUUUUUCAUGUAAUGACCUGUUCUGUAUUUGCCAAGAGGACCAUUCUUUGGAAGAAGAAACAAAAAUCUAAGAAAUUAAUUUACUUGUGAACAUCUACAAAAACCACAAUCUUUUAAACAAUUAUAGAACCAGAAUUUGUAGUUCAAACACUAAAAUAAGAUUAUAA